AAGAAAAAGAAAGAAAGAAAGAAAGAAAGAAAGAAAGAAAGAAAGAAAGAAAGAAACUCUCCUACAGCACGUUACUUGAAGGCAUCGAGAGAAGGCAUCGCUUCCCCUCUUUUAAGACCGUUACUUUUAAACGAGCAUCUCUCUGGAUAAUGCUAAGCAUCUCCUCCAUUGAUUAUUGGCAACUGGUGCAGUCAAAGAACACAGCUUUCAAUAUAAAUUCCCACCUCUUUGGACUUUCAAUAUCUGGAAUUUCAUAGUCUUCACCUUUCCCCCAAUACAUGAAUUGCAAUGGUCACAUGAAUAUUUGGAGAGUGGUAUUCAUACCAUCUCGUGGUCUAUUUAUGAUGGCACUUUAAAAGGAAGAAGCCAAUUGUUGGAAGUUUGGGGGAGAUGAAACUGAAGAAAUACACCCCUGCCACAAAACAAAACAAAACGAAGAUGAAUCUGAUCAUGAAACUUCGUAGGAGUUUCCGAACGCUCGUCAUUCUCCUUGCCACCUUCUGCUUAGUGAGCAUAGUCAUUUCUGCUUAUUACUUGUAUACAGGUCACAAGCAAGAAAUUGCCCUCACUGAUACCACAGGAGAAAUGGAGUGUGAAGAUCUUAAACUUUUGCCCUAUAGAACACUAGAACUUAAAACAGUGAAGCCAAUCGAUCCUACUAGGACUGAUGCUAUGGUGUUGCUUUUUGUGGAAAGCCAGUACUCUCAACUUGGGCAAGACAUCAUUGCCAUCCUGGAGUCUAGUCGGUUUCAGUAUCAUAUGGUGAUUGCAUCUGGGAAAGGGGAUAUCCCACCCCUGGCUGAUAAUGGCAAAGGGAAAUACAUCCUUGUAGUAUAUGAAAAUAUUCUGAAAUACACAUCCAUGGAUUCGUGGAACAGAGAACUCCUGGAAAAAUACUGUGUGGAAUACAGUGUUAGCAUAAUUGGUUUUCAUAAAGCCAAUGAGAAUAGCUUGUCAAGUAUUCAGCUCAAAGGAUUACCAUUACAUCUUUACAACAAUAUAGCUCUGCAGGAUUGCUUAGUAAACCCCCAGUCUCCUCUAUUGCAUAUAACCAAAGCCCCAAGGGUUAAAAAAGGCCCAUUACCUGGCGAUGACUGGACUGUUUUCCAAUAUAACCACUCUACUUAUCAACCAGUGCUUUUAACGGAAUUUCAAGCCUCCAAAUCAUUCCCAGCAUCGCUUCCAAAGCUUAAUCUCUAUGCUACAGUGAUUCAGGACCUGGGACUUCAUGAUGGAAUUCAAAGAGUCCUUUUUGGAAACAACUUGAACUUUUGGCUGCACAAACUUAUUUUUAUAGAUGCCAUCUCCUUCUUGACAGGAAAAAGGCUUACAUUAUCCUUGGACAGAUACAUUCUUGUUGACAUCGAUGACAUCUUUGUUGGAAAAGAAGGAACAAGGAUGAAUGUGAAAGAUGUGAAGGCUUUACUGGAGACACAAGUAUUACUACGGAGUCAGGUUGCAAAUUUUACCUUCAACCUUGGAUUUUCAGGAAAGUUUUACCAUACAGGAACCGUUGAAGAAGAUGAAGGAGAUGACUUGUUGUUGGGAUCUGUAGACGAAUUCUGGUGGUUUCCUCACAUGUGGAGCCACAUGCAACCUCAUCUGUUCCAUAAUGAGUCAUCACUAGUGGAGCAGAUGAUUCUGAACAAGGAAUUUGCAUUAGAACAUGGUAUUCCAACUGACAUUGGCUAUGCUGUGGCUCCACAUCAUUCUGGUGUCUACCCAGUUCAUGUUCAGCUUUACGAAGCUUGGAAGAAAGUCUGGGGUAUUAAAGUGACCAGCACCGAAGAAUAUCCUCAUCUGAAACCUGCACGGUACAGACGGGGCUUCAUCCACAAUGGCAUCAUGGUACUCCCUCGACAGACAUGUGGACUUUUCACCCAUACAAUUUUUUACAAAGAAUAUCCUGGUGGCCCUCAAGAACUAGACAAAAGUAUCCAAGGAGGUGAACUGUUUCUUACCAUCCUUCUUAAUCCUAUCAGUAUCUUCAUGACCCACUUAUCUAACUAUGGGAAUGACCGACUAGGGUUAUACACAUUUGUCAAUCUGGCCAGUUUUGUUCAAAGCUGGACCAAUCUGAAGCUGCAGACACUACGUCCAAUUCAGUUGGCUCAUAAAUAUUUUGAGCUCUUUCCAGAACAGAAGGACCCACUCUGGCAGAAUCCAUGUGAUGACAGACGCCAUCGUGAUAUUUGGUCUAGAGACAAAACUUGUGGCCACCUACCAAAAUUUCUUGUGAUUGGACCCCAGAAAACAGGAACAACAGCACUCUAUUUAUUUCUCCUGAUGCAUCCUUCCAUUAUUAGUAAUCUUCCUAACCCAAAAACCUUUGAGGAAGUUCAGUUCUUUAAUGGAAACAACUAUCAUAAGGGAAUUGAUUGGUAUAUGAAUUUUUUCCCUACCCCUUCAAAUAUCACUGCUGAUAUUUUGUUUGAGAAAAGUGCCAACUAUUUCCAUUCUGAAGAUGCUCCCAAACGUGCAGCAUCCUUGAUACCCAAAGCAAAAAUCAUCACCAUCCUCAUUGAUCCGUCCGACAGAGCCUACUCCUGGUAUCAGCAUCAGCGUUCUCAUGAGGAUUCGACUGCUCUAAAGUUCAAUUUCUACGAAGUAAUUGCUUCAAAUGAUGGGGCACCAUCUGAACUAAAGGGCCUACAGAAGAAAUGUUUGAUACCUGGCUGGUAUGCUGUCCAUAUAGAAAGAUGGCUAAAAUAUUUCCCCUCUUCCCAGUUGUUAAUUAUUGAUGGACAGCAAUUAAGAAGUGACCCAGCUACCGUGAUGGAUGGAGUUCAGAAGUUUCUGAGUGUUUCUCCUCAUUAUAAUUAUUCUGAUGCAUUAACGUUUGAUCCUCAGAAAGGAUUUUGGUGUCAGCUGCUGGAUGGAGGAAAAAUAAAAUGUCUGGGAAAAAGUAAAGGCCGAAAAUACCCUCCCAUGGAUCAAGAGUCUAGGACAUUCCUUUCAAAUUACUACAGAGAUCACAAUGUGGAGCUGUCCAAAUUGUUGCACAGGCUGGGACAACCUUUGCCGUCCUGGCUAAGACAAGAGCUCCAGAAACUGAGAUAGCACAGAACAGAAGUGAAACCACUUUGUCCUGCCCUUCACUUCCUGGCUCACUCUCAGCUGUCAAUGGAAGAUCUGAUGAUAUUAAGGACAUUAAAAAAAAAAAGGCUGCACCAAAAACAAGCAAAUCAAACAAUCAGAGCUUUGAAGUAUUAUCCUUUAUCCAUUAUGGGAUUCACAUAUAUUCUGCAUAUCCGGAAACUGUACUAUAUAUGACUAUAUGACCUUGAGUUAUCACCAUAUAUGACAAAUUACAGUUUGUCAGGAGAAAGAAUGGAUGCAUCUCACCAUGGAUUGCAAGUGCAUCCUUCCCAUGCAGUUUCAAAAAUGUGGAUUCCAGGACUCGACAUUUCCCAGUAUUACUUCAUCUACAAUGAUGAAUAAAGAUUCACAAGCGACUACAAUUCUUCUAUCUGCAGAAGCUGGAUUUUGUAAACCUACACAGAGAGACAGAAAAUAUAGUCUUCCCACUGGAAACUAAUUCUGAUACUUUCAUAUUAACUGCCUUGAAAUGGAUUGUUUUGUAUCUUAACCAUUGCAAAUCCCAAUUCUCUCCACAUAUAUUUGAUGCUGAAACUACAGGAGAUAUAAUUUUCCACUUCUAGAUUUAUUUGGGAGGUUUAUUUUAUUUAUUUGUUCAGGGGACGGCAUCAAACUUGUGCCUCAUUUUUUUUUUGUCUUCGCACUUCUAUAGAAUAAACACUUCUACUGCACUGUU